AUGGGGCGCUUCGAACUUUUGGACUUGCAGCUCACUUACCAUGGCUUGCUGCGGGGUUUCGGCUUUUUGCUUGCUACAUAUUGGUUUACAUGGAUUGUUUACGCGAGAGUGUUCCAUCCACUUGCAAGAUUUCCAGGUCCAUUCUGGGCAUCUGUGUCACGAGCUUGGAUUGUGCGCUCCGUGAUUCGCGGCAACCCCCACGAAACCCAAAGGUUGCUGCAUGCAAAGUAUGGUCGUAUUGUACGAAUUGCUCCAAAUGAGCUUGCGAUAAGCGACCCUGAGGCCAUCAAAACUAUAUACGGAGUGAAUUCAGGCUUUACAAAGACCGAUUUUUAUUUGGCGUUUCGCGCACCAUACACCCGAUACCCCGAUCAUUUCACAUCAACAGAUGAAAAGGUCCAUGCUCAAAGGCGCCGUAUAGUGAACGGCGUAUAUAAUAUGCAGAGCAUCCUUCAGUCAGAGCCGUACGUCAAUAAAUGCACAGAUGUCUUGCUACAGAAAUUUGGAGAUUUCGCGGACUCCAAAAGUUCGAUUGACUUACUCGAGUGGGCGCGGAUGUAUGCCUACGAUGUUAUUGGCGAGCUUUACUUCAGUAAAAUGUUUGGCUUGAUGAAGGCAAAUGGCGACCAGCUUGGUAUAAUGAAGUCUACUGAUACCCUAAUUCCUGCCAUGGCCAUUUCAGCUGUCAUGCCAUCAUACCUCCGAUCUUUCUUCAUGUUUAUUGGGGUGUUGUUUGCCGAGACUCGCAAGGCUCUGUCUGCUUUGGAUGGUUUAGCGACCACAGCGGACUCUGCUGUUAAGAGUCAUGUCCAAGCGUCGAGUGAACCUGAUGACACCACAAUCCGACGUACUGAUAUCAUAUCUAAAGUAUUCAACAUCCACAAGGAUCAAGGCGAAAAGCUUGACUUUCAGAUCGAUGAUGUAAAGCUUGAGGCCUUUGGAGGAUAUUUCGCUGGCAGUGAUACAACGGCAAUUCACUUGUCCACGACUUUGUAUCAUAUCUUGAGAAAUCCAGGCGUCUACGCAGCUCUCAACAGCGAGAUCACUCAAGCUACAAGCCGUGGCGAGCUGAGUGUUCCGUAUAUUUCAUACCAUGAAGCCAGCAAAUUGCCGUAUCUAAGCGCUUGUAUCAAGGAGGGCGCCCGCUUACAUCCAAGCGUAGCGCUUACAAUGCCUCGCCAGGUGCCGUCCAAAGGCUGUGAUAUUUCUGGGCAAUGGAUCCCCGGUGGAGUCCAUGUGGGGAUCAACCCGACAGUCGUACAACUCGACAGAACGGUGUUUGGAGACGAUGCGGAGGAAUAUAACCCGGAUCGAUGGCUGAAGCCGGACGCUGAUAAGAUGAAUAAAUACAUUCUCCAGUUCGGAGCUGGAUCAAGAAUGUGUAUGGGAAAGAAUAUAUCAUUGUGUGAAAUAUACAAGGUCAUCCCUGAGCUGCUUCGCUCGUACCGGCUUGAGUUAUUGAGUCCCGAGAAGAAUCUAGAGACCAGCGGUUUCUGGUUCUACAAGCCAGUGCCCAUGCACAUUCGCGUCUAUCGCAAGUAG